GAGGGCAGUUCCCUGGCUUCCGUCCCGCCCUGCAGAGGGACCCCGCGCCGGCAGCACCCAGGUGUCUGCCCCCUUCUUCCCUGCCUGGAUCUUCCCGACAUGGCUCUGUCCCUAGCCGGCGAGUCGCUCCCCGGAGACGGCAGAGACUCUCUCGGGAUAAGCCCCGCCGGCCUCGCCUCCUACUACCCCUCUUUCCUCCCACCCGCCCAUUACUUCGAGACGGCCCCCGACUUCUUCCAGCCCCUGAAACCCCUGGGCGAGCUGGUUUCCUCCUCGCCGCCUCUACCUCCAUUCACCUUCAGCAGGGUCCCCGCUUUUCUGAGCCAGCCGCCCCCUCUGCCCACCGACCCUUUCCCCAGCCUUCCUUUGCCCGUCUACACCAGGCUGCCGGCCCCCUUCCCUCCCAGUGAGGGCUCGGCCCUCGGGACGGGGGCCCCGGGGUCGCUCUCGCCGCCCUACCCGAGCCCCCCGCGCAGGGCUGCCCGCAGCCCGGGGGCAGACGGGGCGGCGGGGCAGAGCUACAGGUACCACUUCACCGAGGAGGAGCUCAACGCCGUGCUCUACGGGGCACUCCGGAGCAGCCAGCCGGCCGGCAAUCUCCACGCCAUCUCGGGGCUCCGGGUGUCCCCCGCCAGCUCGGGCGCUGCGGACUCCGCCGCCCCGCUGCUCGACCGGGACUCGCUGCAGCUGCCCGAAGGGCUCUCGGUGCUGCGGGUGGCCUACGGGGACGUGUCCCAGCUCGGAGUCUUCUGUACCGACCCCAUCCCGAAAGGAGUCCGCUUCGGCCCUUUCCAAGGCAAAGUGGUCAACACGAGCGAGAUCAAGACUUACGACGACAACUCGCUGAUGUGGGAGAUCUUUGAAUACGGUGGCCUGAGCCACUUUAUCGACGGGAAGGGCGCCGCUGGUAACUGGAUGUCCCUGGUGAACUGCGCCAGGUUCCCCGAGGAGCAGAAUUUGACGGCUAUCCAGUGCCAGGGACAAAUCUUCUACGAGACCUGCAAGGAAAUCUUCCCGAACCAGGAGCUGCUGGUGUGGUACGGCGACUGCUACGUGCAAUUUCUGGGCAUCCCCAUCAGCUUGAAGGGCAUGGCGGAGGGGAAGAAGCCCCCGCAGCACCCCGAAGAAGCCGAGGAGAGCUUCAAGUGUGAGCGCUGUGGCAAAGUUUUUGCCUACAAGUACUACCGGGACAAACACCUCAAGUACACCCGCUGCGUGGACCAAGGGGACCGCAAAUUUCCUUGUCACCUUUGUGACCGAUCCUUUGAAAAAAGAGACAGGCUGAGGAUCCAUAUUCUCCACGUUCACGAAAAGCACAGACCUCAUAAGUGCUCUGUGUGUGGGAAGAGCUUUUCUCAAUCCUCCAGCCUGAACAAACACAUGAGGGUUCACUCUGGGGAACGCCCCUACAAAUGUGUCUACUGCAACAAGGCGUUCACAGCAUCCAGCAUCCUGCGCACUCACAUCCGGCAGCACUCGGGGGAGAAGCCCUUCAAGUGCAAGCACUGCGGCAAAGCCUUCGCCUCGCACGCGGCCCACGACAGCCACGUGCGGCGCACGCACAGCAAGGACAAGGGCUGCACCUGCUCCGUGUGCGGCCAGCACUUCCCCCAGCAGGAGGAUUGCAACUUCCACAUGAAGAGUCAUGCUGCUCACUAGUCAGGAGCCCCACGGACGCGUCCUGGACCAGCUCAUUGUGUGUUUCAGUCUGUGUGUUUCUGUUUGUGCGUGGCUGCGUGCACAGCGCAGGAGGUGACACCUGCAGUGGCUCUUGGGGUAGAUCUGGUUUCUGGACCCAGGGCAUGUGACUAAACACAGGGGACAGGGUACACCCUGGUGCCAUUCUCUCUCUCCUCCCAUAAUACUGUAAUCUCUAAAGACAGGAUGGAAUUCUACCUCCCAAAACCCCUUUGUGCACAAAUAUCACUGUGAGGAGUGUUUCUGCAUCUCCAAUGCCUAUGGAGUGCCUGGUACAAUCUGUAUCAAGGCCUGUGUAAGGGUUGUUUUUAUCAGGUGCAUUUCUCAAAGCUGAUUUAACCUGUUCGUGUUGUUUGGACAGAUGACCAUAGGUGUAUGGUCUACUUACUCUUAACCUGUCUUUUAGUGAUGUUCUGUUUAAAUGUGAACUUCUCAGAGAUACUGGCUGCUGGACGAACAAAGAGCUAUUUUAAAUCUUUUAGCUGCUGGGAGACUGAGAGCUCCAGGACUGUGAGACUAACUCUUCCAGAGAGUGCUGGAUGCUGGUUAGCCCAGAGGAAGAGAAGUGGGGUGUGGUAAGAUAUACUCAGGCCUGAUAUCCCACCUAGCAGUUGGUUUUGUCUUCUCAAGAGUUUGGAGGACCAAACAUGGUGAUAUUCCUAAGCAUCAGUGAGCCAUUGGGUAGAUAAUGAGCAGUCAAGUGGCCUGACAGAGGUGUUUCAUUGUAGGCUCAGAGCAGGCCAGAGGCAAACACAAUCGCAGCAGUGGUCUCUUCUUUCUGUAUUUCCCUGAACUUCUCUGGUCCUGGCCAGGUGAAUCUUUGCAGAGAACAUUGAAAUGAAGGGUGGGCUUGUCUGCUUCCUCCUGGCUUUAUGUUGGAUUAAUGUAAAGUGAUACCAGGACUCCUCAGUGCCUAAAACUCUACACAUAAAAUUCUUUUCCUGGUCUGCAGGGAAGGGGCUUUGCUUCCACGGGAGGACUGGAAGGUGUCAUCCUCCAUGUCUCACUACCCACACAAGCAAUGCAGGAGUGUGGUCAGUGAGACAUUUUCAAUUCUUAAGAAAGUUGCGUUCUGUAUCAAUGUGAAAUUUUAACUAGGAAGCUUAUCAAAAAGCCUGUACUGAAGGACUGCUGAGGAUAGGGAGUGCUGUAACUGGUAUAGAAGUUUAAAUUCUCACUGAGUGACCACAACGACAGGCAGAAGGUUGUGCAUAUGAGAGGGCUCACUGUGCCAGUGGGACUGUGUGUUGCAUCCAGGAGGAAUAAUGGAAGUCCUUUUUGGAGCUAGUUGAUAAACACAUGUAGUUCGAUAUUACUGGGAUGAUAAAGUUCUCUUCAAAGUAUCCUAGAUCAGCUAGGAUUAACAAGAAUUUUGUACAUAAAGUAGAAGAAAGUAAAGUUUUUAUUUUGUACCAACUUUAUUGGUCUCUUUAAAUACAGCAUAAAAAUAGAAAAUACUUUACUUGUACAUUUAAUUAUACUGUGCAGAUACUGUAUCCUUAAAUAUAUUGAUUUGCACUAAUUUUAUAAGGUUUUUUGUAUCUCAAAUUGCUCUGUUCUCAUUGUUUUCAUGGUAAAAAUAUUUUUUAGAUAUUUAUUGAAUCACUUACUGGUAAACAAAAUAUUGAGGCCCAGCACUAGGAAGUAUGUGAAAUAAGCAAAUCCGUUUGUAUUGUAUGUUUAUACAUGUAGGUUUUAGAGUAUGCUCUGAUUAUUGGUUUUUGCUUAUUUUAAUACCAAAUAUUACUAUAAUACAGCAGGCUAAAUAUUUUGCAUAUUGAGGGCUGAAUCCCUGGCCCCUAAAUAGGUAAAAUUUACCUAUUUAGAGGCCAGAGAGCAGAAAACUAUCACAGUACUUAUGUGUACAAACUAUGCUGUGAACCUUUCUUCCAGCUGCCUGCUAUCUAGGAGGAUGGCUACAAACAUACAAAAUCGUGGCCAACAGAAAAAAGAAUUAUGUGUGCGAAGCCUUUGUUAGUUCAGUCCCUUAAAAAAAAAUCACUAUUUGGUGAAAUAAACUGCCUACGAAUGAAGGAAAUGUUACGACUAGGAAUGGCUUUAAAGUACUGUGAAAUGCCUGGUUAGCUUCCCAUGCAGGUAACCUCCUUUUUUGCUCUGAAUGAAGGUUGUAUGUUUAAAUGGUGCCUCUGUAGAGUUUUUGUGUGCAUUUUCAUCUUCUUGAAGAAAUCCCAAAUGUCUUGUGCUUAAUUGUUUGCACCUUUCUAUAGUAUUUGAUGUGUUGCCUAUAAAGGAGUAUUUGAAGGGUUAUACUUGUGAUUGAAGGUACUGGCUGUCUUGCACAUUAAAA